AUGGCAGCCAACGGCUCCGGGGGGGCGCGUGGCUCGCCGCUGGAUGAUGGCUUUGGGGACGACCUGGUUUCUGACUGGUACAUCUACGAGACCGCGGAGCCGGCCGUGCCGCAGGACAACACGUUUCCCAGCGCAAUCCCAGACUGCGACCCCACCAUCUCCCCCAGGCUGUACCACGCCUGCAUGGCGCCCGUCUCCCUGGCUGUGCUGCUGGGCUUGUCCUUGCUGGUGAAACGCCGGCGUCUCCGCCGGGGCUGCUGGAACGGCGUCCCUGGGCUGCUCAGCCCGGCCAACUUUCUGGAGGAGGAGGGCAACCGCGGGCUGGUGGCCGCGGUGUUUGGCAUCCUCUUCUCGUCCCUGUGCGUGCUGGUGCUGGACCGCGACCCUCUGCCGCUUGUCCCCAACUCGUCCCAGCGCAGCCGGGAGUACUGGAAGAUCCUGGCUUUGCUCUACUACCCCGCCUUCUACUGCCCCUUGGCUGCCUGCGCCACGGUGGGGCACAGGGCCAGCUACCUCGUGGGCUGCCUGCUGUCCUGGUGCCACUGCGUGGUGCACAUCUGGCAAAAGGUGGACUGUCCCCAGUCGCCGAAGAUAUACAGGUACUACUCCACGCUCUCCUACGUCCCCAUCAUCCUCUGCCUCGUGGUCUUAAGCCUCUGGUACCCAGCCCUGCUGAUCAGGAGCUUCAUGGGUCACGACGAGACCUUGGAUAAGGAGGUUUCAGGGCGAGGCUACUACAAGAAGUACCUACGGGCUGUCCUGUCCAAGCGGCCAAGGAAGGGGAGCCCCAGCAAGCUAGAAGAGAGCCUCCUGCGCCGGGUCCAGGCGUAUCUGUGCUCCUACAUCUACGCUCCCGAGGAAGGUUUCCAGCUCCCGCUGAAGCUCAUCCUGUCCCUAACCACCUCCGUCGUCGCUGUCUACCAGGUGGCCCUGCUGCUCCUGGUGGCCUUCGUUCCCACCAUCCAGAUCGUGCGGGCGGGGAUGACGAAGGAUGUGGUGGUGCUGCUGGUCCAGUUCGGGCUGGUGCCCUCAGAGAACCCGGGCAUGCCGGGUGACAUGGAGAAGGAGCUCAGCACCGUCAAGCACUACCUGUGGUCGCUGGAAGUGUGCUACGUGUGCUCGCUGGUGCUCUGCUGCCUGCUGACCAUGGCCAUGCUGCUGAGGACGCUGGUGAUGCACAGGAGCAACCUGAAGGCGCUGUACCAAGGGGCCGUGCUCGAUGUCUUCUACAAAGCCCACAUCCUCCGCCCGUCCCGACAAGCCAUCGUCUGCUGGAUGAGCUUCGCCAGCUUCCAGACGGCUUUUGCCUGCCUGGGGCUCCUCAUCCAGCAAGUGAUUUUCUUCAUCUGCUCGGCUGCUUUCACCUUCCUCGUCGUCAUCCCGCUCCAAUCGGGCACAAACACGCACCUCUUCAGGCUCGUGCAGAACAUGUGGCCCUUCUGGCUGACCCUGGUCGGCGCCGUCCUCGCGCAGAACCUGGCAGCUCACUCCCAGUUCCUGGAGCACCAUCCCCUGCGCAAAGAGCUGACCAACAGGCGAGCUCUCUACAUCAUCACCUACCUGCUCUUCCCCGUCAACGUCCUGGUGGGGGUCCUGGCGGGGGUGUGGAGGAUGCUCAUCUCCGCGCUCUACAACGCCGUGCACUUCUGCCAGCUGGACAUCAGCCUGCUGAACCGCGGCGUGGAGACCUUCGACCCAGGCUACCACGCGUACUGCCACUACCUGAAAACGGAGGUGAGCCAGUCGCACCCGGUGAUGCGAGCCUUCUGCCUGCUGCUCCUCCAGCCGCCCAGGCCACGGGGGACCCCAGAGCCCCGACCGGGGGACGUGGAGGAAGGCAUCCAGCUGAUGCAGAGCACGAAGGCGCCGUCGGGCAGAGGCCGACUGAGGCAGAGCCGGGCGCGCUGGUGGCUGGCUUACACCCUCCUCAACAACCCCUCGCUGCUGGCCUGCCGGAAAAACGCCCUCUGCGAUCCCACGGCCAACGGUGCCCAGCUCAGCCCCCAGAAACCCUGA